AUGAGUUUCGAUGACAUCAAGCAAAUAGAACAAGUCGACUUUGAUUCUACAACAAAUCAAAAAGCUUUAAUAAUCUAUUACUCCCGUAACGGGCACUCCGAGAAAAUAGCCAACGACCUCCACGCUGCCAUCCCAUCGGACAUUGUGCAGAUCCAAGAAAAGGAUGGGAUGAACAGAAGUAGUUAUACAAAUUACUUUACAAGUUUCUCCGAGUCUUAUUUGGGCUAUGACUACUCGUCUUACCUCAAGACAGACAACCUUGCUAAUAUUGCCAAAUACGCCGCACUCGUUUUUGUUGGGCCUGUGUGGUGCUGGGACCUUUGCGCUCCACUGAAAAACGCUUGUAAAGAGGUUCUGAAAACUGUGAAACCAACACAACACGUUUUCGUCGCUUUAAGUCUUGGGGGCGCUGGAGAUAAAGGGAGCUUUGAAGUGCUUAAACAGAUGUUUAAUGGCAAGGCAAUUGUACACGACGAUUAUUUGAGUUGUGUUGAGAGCGCAUAUGCAUCUGGCGCACUGAAAGAGAAAUUUGACUCAUUCGUUAAAAGGGUGUUAAAAGCAGUAGAAAAGUGGUAA